ACCGCACAGACAUGCGCGGUACAGGCUUACUUCCGGGCGCUGGUUUCACUGUUUAGGUUGUCUGGCGGUAUGGUUUCCUGUCACCAGAACCGUAAGAUUGAUACAGUUUUGUGUUUCCUGUCUUGUUAAACAUGCAUGUUUAUGAUUAGGUCCACGGGGUGUGGGACCAGCUGGCGUGUUCCAAUGUCUGCAUUCAGAGAGUUCCCGACCUUAGCAGGUGCUGAACAGGAUAGAAGGGUGUGUGUGCGCGCAUGCAUGUGAGUGUGUGAUGACUGAGAACAUCCCAGGAGGUGACUGGUGAUGAUGUCAUGUCUUCCGUGAUAUGGACCCUCACUCUUCUGACCCUGGCCUCUUCAGGCCUGUGCGAGAUUCCUGCUCCUGUGAACCUCUCCAUCUCCUCACAUCACUUCAUCCACCUCCUGACAUGGGAGCCAGGCCCUGGGUCACCUGUCAAUCUGAGCUACACUGUGGACGUGCACUCUCUGCGGAAGGCGAUCUGGCUAAAUGUAUCCGGAUGCGAGGAGGUGGUCUCCCCACUGGUGUGUAACCUGACAGGAGCCUUGCCUGACCUCACGGAUCAAUAUUACCCCCGCGUUCAGGCCAAACUGGGAAACCAGAGCUCGGCACCAACCAUCAGAAAAGCCUUCAUUCCCAUGGAGCACACGGAUCUGGACCCUCCCUCGGUGUCCAUCAGCGUCUGCAGACAUUCCCUGUGCGUGGGUCUGAGUCCGCCAUCCAGUCAGCUGCGCCAGGUCUACACAUCGCUGAGCUACUACCUGACGGUCAGCAGCGGCGAGGAUGGAGCACAGUACACCUUGCUCACCAAAGGCCUGGUUGGUGAGAAGAUCGAAUACUUUGAACCAUGCAGGAAGUACUGUAUCACGGCAAAAAUUGUGACCAGGAAGCCAGCCAGCAGCCAGCCUCAGUGCAUUGUGGUUCCGUACUCCACAGGCCUGUGCGAGAUUCCUGCUCCUGUGAACCUCUCCAUCUCCUCACAUAACUUCAUCCACCUCCUGACAUGGGAGCCAGGCCCUGGGUCACCUGUCAAUCUGAGCUACACUGUGGACGUGCACUCUCUGCGGAAGGCGAUCUGGCUAAAUGUAUCCGGAUGCGAGGAGGUGGUCUCCCCACUGGUGUGUAACCUGACAGGAGCCUUGCCUGACCUCACGGAUCAAUAUUACCCCCGCGUUCAGGCCAAACUGGGAAACCAGAGCUCGGCACCAACCAUCAGAAAAGCCUUCAUUCCCAUGGAGCACACGGAUCUGGACCCUCCCUCGGUGUCCAUCAGCGUCUGCAGACAUUCCCUGUGCGUGGGUCUGAGUCCUCCAUCCAGUCAGCUGCGCCAGGUCUACACAUCGCUGAGCUACUACCUGACGGUCAGCAGCGGCGAGGAUGGAGCACAGUACACCUUGCUCACCAAAGGCCUGGUUGGUGAGAAGAUCGAAUACUUUGAACCAUGCAGGAAGUACUGUAUCACGGCAAAAAUUGUGACCAGGAAGCCAGCCAGCAGCCAGCCUCAGUGCAUUGUGGUUCCGUACUCCACAGGCCUGUGCGAGAUUCCUGCUCCUGUGAACCUCUCCAUCUCCUCACAUAACUUCAUCCACCUCCUGACAUGGGAGCCAGGCCCUGGGUCACCUGUCAAUCUGAGCUACACUGUGGACGUGCACGCUCUGUGGAAGGCGAUCUGGCUAAAUGUAUCCGGAUGCGAGGAGGUGGUCUCCCCACUGGUGUGUAACCUGACAGGAGCCUUGCCUGACCUCACGGAUCAAUAUUUCCCCCGCGUUCAGGCCAAACUGGGAAACCAGAGCUCGGCACCAACCACCAGAAAAGCCUUCAUUCCCAUGGAGCACACGGAUCUGGACCCUCCCUCGGUGUCCAUCAGCGUCUGCAGACAUUCCCUGUGCGUGGGUCUGAGUCCGCCAUCCAGUCAGCUGCGCCAGGUCUACACAUCGCUGAGCUACAACCUGACGGUCAGCAGCGGCGAGGAUGGAGCACAGUACACCUUGCUCACCAAAGGCCUGGUUGGUGAGAAGAUCGAAUACUUUGAACCAGGCAGGAAGUACUGUAUCACGGCAAAAAUUGUGAACAGGAAGCCAGCCAGCAGCCAGCCUCAGUGCAUUGUGGUUCCGUACUCCACAGACAGGGAGAUUUCAAUAGUGCUGUGCAUGCUGGUGAUUGUAGUUCUCGUGGUGAUGCUCCUCCUGUUCCGCACUGGAUUCGUCUGCUUACGAGCCACCCUCCCAGAAUCUCUGGUUUUGGUGCAGCCUCAGGAUGUGCACCUGCUUCCUUCGGCUUACGACCCGAUCACGUGUUCCCUGCUGCUCGAGGAGGGCGUGGCUGGGGGCCAGACGCGCGAGGGCGGGAGGUACAGCGCCUGCGAGGAGGGGGAGGAGGAGGCCGAGGAGGUCGAAUCGCAGGGAACCGGCGGCGCGGGCUACGAGGGGAGACCCGGGAGGCCCAAUGGGAUCUCUUCCUCGGGCGGCUCCGCCCCUGGCGCCCCCCCCCUCGCGGACGGUCGCUUCCCGCUGUCCAAACCCGCGGGCUGCCGCGACGCCUCUCUGACGGGGACGCACGGUCAGGACUCUUCCGGGUCUGUGACCGACAGGGGACCGCCUCUUUCGUCUUUGACUUUGACUUUGACCGGAGGAGGAUACGAUACCGCCGGGGACGACGGCGGUAUCGUAGGCGCCCUUGAGGAGGCCGAAGGCCGCCCCGCCGCGGAACUGCCGUGGGGCGAGCGGGCGGAGGAGGAGGAGGAGGAGGAGGAGGAGGAGGAGGAGGAGGAGGAGGAGGGGGAGGGGGAGGGGGAGGGGGGGAGUGGCCUGAAUGUGAACCUGUUGUCCGUGUUGUUGGCUGGGCAAGAGGAGGAGGAGGAGGAGGGGGCAGAGGUGGAGCAGGAGGAGGAGGAGGAGGAUGACAUUGUGAACGAACACAAGCCGCUCCUCCUUGGAGUGUCCUCUGAUCCCCUCCCUGUCCUCCCCUUGUCUGCUGCAGUCACAGAACCCCCCCACACACAAGCCUGUACCAUCUAUUUAGAAGAGGAGGAGGAGGAGGAGGAGGAAGAUGAUGGUGAAGAGUGCUCUGGGUACAUGAGACGUGCUAAUUGGCCUCAGCCAGCACAGCUCAGCGCAGGGCGACGGUGCUCAGGCUUCAUCCUGCACUCCGCUCUUUACCUGUGCACCUGCGCCCGCGGGGUCAUGGCGCCUCCUCACCUCACCGUGCUCCUCCUGCUGCUCCUACCUGUGGUGCAGUGCACCCUCCUGGCACCUCUCAAUGUCACCAUUGUAUCCUUCAACCUCGAGCACAUUCUGCACUGGCUCCCAGCACCAGGGACGCCCGGCACAGCGCACUUCAGAGUGCACUUCUUGCACCUGAGUGAAGUGUCAUGGAAGCCUGUCCCCUGGUGUUUGAAAGUGGACGCAGAGACCUUGUCAUGUGAUGUGACGGACUCCUUCGUGGACUCCACCAGCUUCUACUUGGCCCGUGUGCAGGCCUUCGGCUCGGCUCGGAGAUCCAACUGGACCCUCUCCGCCCAUUUCAACCCCAUACUGGACACUGUCCUGGGACCGCCCCAGGUGUCGGUUUCAGGUUGCGGGAGCUGCCUGCGCCUGCAGAUCGCACCCCCCACAGGCAGGGGACCGCAGCACCUUCUGUCUCGCCACCUGCUCUCCGAGUUCACUUGCUGGGUGCGCAGGAGUGGGGACCACACCCAGUUCAGCCUGAGGGUUUUCUCGGAGGAGUUUCUGGUGGAGCACCUGGAGCCAGGCGUGGAGUACUGCGUCACCGCCGUCGUGACGGUGAACUUCAACACCCGUGCCGAGCCGUCUGAGCCACAGUGUGCCUACACCAGCCCCCCACCCAUCGACACAGCCACUAUCCUGCUGAUUGCAUUGUGUGUGGCCUGCCUCCUGGGGGUGCUGUUCUGUGGCUUCUUCCUCUCCAGCAGGAGUGCACUCUCUCUCCCAAAAACUCUGCCUCAGAUACUGCUGUCCAUACCGUCCUUAGUACAGAACCCUCGAACGGCUGCCCCAGAGCACUUCUCCCUGGUCACCAUCCUCCCGCUAGAGCCCAAAAACUGCCCCUCUGCCUGGGCCAAACUGGGCCCCAAUGCAGAUCAGGAGGAAGAGGAGGAGGAGGAUGAUGAUGAUAAUGAUGAAAAGGAAGGUUAUGGACAUAUGGUCUGGGAGGCCAGCUCAGAGCCCUGCAAUGAUGGCCUGUUGGAUCCACAGUGCUCUCAAUUGGAGAAGUGACUCACCUGUUAUUUUGUUGUUGUUGCUGCUGCUGCUGUUGCUGUUGUGAUUUUCCCUUUCCCUUUGUGUGCUUUUCACUUUCCUUUUCAAAUAAGACAUUCUCUUGGUCAGCUAUGCACGUUUUUUUUCCAUUUAAAAAAUCUUAAACUGCCGCAUUGUUUUUUUUCAGUAUGCUAUACAGCAGCGCUGUAAAUACAAUAUUUGAUAUUUGUUGUAACAGCCGAUUUGACUUCGGUUGUUAAAACAGUGUGUAGUACAAUGAAAAACUGAAAAUACAUUUUUUUUAUUUACA